CCGGAUAGUGACUCCGAGGUACUUGACCGGAGCGCCGCCGAAGACGGGGCAUCAGAAGUGCUAGGGAUCGUAAAUGGGGAGUAGGUCACCUAAAAUCAAUCAUCAUCAACAUCAUCACAGACAUUCCUAUUCACUCAUUCAACCUCAAUCCAUCCUCAUCCUCGUACUCACUCACCCACUCACAAUGUCUGGUCUCUUUGCUCGUCAAGCUUGGGCUUCUGCCUCUAAGCUCCGAUCUACUGCUCUCCGAGCUCCCAAGACUGCAUUUGCCUGCAAAGUCAACAGCAUUGCUCCCCGACGAUGCUUCUCAGUUUCCAUGAACCUCCUCGCCAGGAAAUACACUGAGAGCCACGAGUGGGUUGACGUCGCCGCUGAUGGCAAGACCUGCACAAUUGGCAUCUCCAAAUACGCUGCUGAAGCUCUCGGCGAUGUUGUCUAUGUGGAACUUCCCUCUCAGGGCGAGGAUGUCUCUGAGGGCGACUCUUUCGGCAGCGUGGAGUCCGUCAAGUCUGCCUCUGACAUCAACUCCCCUGUAUCAGGCUCUGUUGUGGCGGUCAACGAUCCUAUCGUCGACACACCCGCUGAUCUUGGAAAGGACCCCGAGGGCGAGGGCUGGUUGAUCAAGGUUGAGGCUGAGGAUGUUUCUGCCCUUGAUUCAUUGAUGGACGAGGCUGCUUAUGCUAAGCACCUUGAGGAGCAUUGAGCGGUGGUUUUUGGUUAGAUUAAAUAAUUGGUGAUUUAAAAGCAAAUGAUAUCAGAUUUUCGUAUUCAUUUUCGGUAUCCCAAGGCUGUUUGAUCACAAUGAUGGCCAAUCCUAAGACAUGACGUUUUGUCCUACAAACAGACCGCUUCACUUCUCAAAAUAUUGCUUGCAAAUUUGAACUUAUAAAUUUCUAGUUUCAGAAAAUUUUAUUCUAAUAUCA